UUGGGCUUUAUUAUAGGUUUUGAACUAAUUGGCAAGUGCAUAUGUACAGUCACACAAACACAAACACACGUACAUGCACCUCCCACACUUUCCGAUUAUAUGUCUCAGGAAAUGCCGCCUCAAUAGAAAUAGAGCAAAGUUCUGCAUCACGUGCCUAAAAAAGAUAGCUUUAACCACAGUCAAAUGCACUGCAGUGGAAAUUUGCACAACGACUUUCUGCAUCUCUAAUUCACCGAACUUGAAUUUGACAUCAGGCAAAACUUUGUUCAACUUAUGGAACUUGUGGCCCCAACAAUGAGCUCCUCAAAUUCAGCCUGGUCUUGAUGAAACACAUUUCUGGGUGUCAUCGACACAACAAAGGAAGCUAAUUCCCUGUAUGUGCCUACUAUUGUUUUUCAGACUCAUUAAGUCAUUACUUCUAAACUGUGAUGAAAUAUUCUGUUUGGACAAUGUAUUUGGAUGCAAUACUAAAUAGUUUUUCCUCCUUUUUUAUAUUUGAUGGGGGCAGUAACGUACUUGCGAACAUCCCAAUGGACGUUGGAUACUGUCUGAUGACAUCAACUCCUCCUGGCCAAGGCUACAUUGACACAAGGUGAAUGUAAGAGAAGCAUCUUUAAUAUGGCACUGUACAUGUUUUAUUUAUAGUUCAGGCCAUAAAUCUGUCGAUUUUACACAUUAUGUAAUAAAGGGUCUCUGCUCAGUCUCUCCAUGACCAAAGGGUCAUUAGCCUAAAAACAGCCGAAGACCUCUGGUUUGCAUAUUUUGAGCAGGAGGGGGCAGACUUUACAAGAUAAUGGAGGAUCCAGGGCUGUGAUUGGCUGUUUUUUUCUGUGCGGGAAAAUGUGAGGGGGGUGGGCUUGCCUUUCUGAAGAAGGAGGAGGAACAGGAGACUGUGACGGAGUGUGUGUGUGUGUGUGUGUGUGUGAGAGAGAGAGUAAGCAGCCACACACAUGCUGGUUGGCAUGGACACACGGCAGGCAAAUGGAAAAGAAAAAUUCUAAAUAUUCUGCUUCCUUCCAGUCCAUAAUCAGGUCUUCUCUGUGGCUUUGCUGCUCCUGAGGGUAUCAUGGUAACAGCUCAAAGCGCUGUCAGAUCUGUCCUCCUGCUAGUUUGCUGUGCUGUCCUCUGCUCCUCUAUAGGGCCUCCUGUGCUGUCUUCCUAUGCCAAGACAGAAGACAAGCUCUUUAAACAUCUCUUCAGCAACUACCAGAAAUGGGUGAGACCAGUGGAGGAUCUCAACAGAGCGGUGCAGGUGAAAUUUGGCCUGGCUAUCUCUCAGCUCGUGGAUGUGGAUGAGAAGAACCAGCUGAUGACAACCAAUGUUUGGAUGAAGCAGGAGUGGACAGACAUGACUCGAUGGAAUCCGGAUCAUUAUCUGGGCAUCACCUCCAUCAGAGUUCCCUCAGACUCCAUCUGGAUUCCUGACAUUGUGCUCUAUGACAAUGCAGAUGGUAAUUUUGAGGCCACAGUGACAAAAGCGGUGGUGAGGUAUGACGGCACUAUCUCCUGGACUCCUCCUGCUAACUAUAAAUCUGCCUGCACUAUUGAUGUGACGUUCUUCCCCUUUGACCUUCAGAACUGCUCCAUGAAGUUUGGCUCCUGGACCUACGAUGGUUCCCAGGUGGAUAUUCUUCUUGAGGAUGUACAUGUGGACAAACGAGACUAUUUUGACAAUGGUGAAUGGGAGAUUGUGACGGCCACAGGGAGCCGGGGUUUGAGAAGUGAUGGAACCUUUUUCUAUCCAUCCAUCACUUACUCCUUUAUAAUCAGACGUCUUCCUCUUUUCUACACCCUCUUCCUCAUCAUUCCCUGCAUUGGAUUGUCUUUCCUGACUGUGCUGGUGUUUUAUCUCCCAUCUAACGGAGGAGAGAAAAUCUCCCUCUGCACAUCAGUACUCGUCUCUCUUACAGUCUUCCUUCUGGUGAUAGAAGAGAUCAUCCCUUCAUCAUCAAAGGUUAUUCCUCUCAUUGGUGAAUAUCUGGUCUUCACUAUGAUCUUCGUGACACUUUCCAUCGUCAUCACUGUCUUUGCCAUUAACAUCCAUCAUCGCUCCUCAUCCACUCAUCACAGCAUGGCGCCCUGGGUCCGUCGUAUCUUUCUACACCACCUGCCUAAACUGCUCUGCAUGCGCAGCCACGUGGGACCGCUACGCCACCGCCCCGCGAGAAACGGAAGAGAAGGGCUGGGUUAUGGGAAGAGUUCGGGUCAGGAUACCACUCCUCUGCUCAAAGCAGAACACAGUCUGCAGGCAGCUUUAGAAUCUAUACGCUACAUCACGCGCCAUGUGGUGAAGGAGAAUGAAGUCAGAGAGGUUGUUCAGGACUGGAAGUUUGUGGCCCAGGUUUUGGACCGGGUCUUCCUGUGGGCAUUUCUCUUAGUAUCACUGCUCGGCUCUGCUCUGCUUUUCAUUCCCGUCAUCUAUAAAUGGGCCAACAUCAUUGUUCCCAGCUAUGCUGGAAGUACCAGCUAAAACACAAGAAUGUAUAAAACUGAAAAACAUUGUUUCCUGGAUAAAGAUUUUGCAUUAUUAUAUUUAUUACUGUAGUCUUCAAAGCAUCUAUGCAACUUGUGGCAAUUGAGCGCUGUCAUUUAUGCUGUAACAUGCUGCGUCACAAUAUAUGUUGUAUGCUGAUUUCAUUACAAUAAAAUUUAUAAUAACAGUAUUUAGGUAUUUCACAUCAUAAUUUAAAAAAAAAAGGCUGUAUCAUCAUGGUUUUAGGCUUUAAUCGUAAUAUAUAUCAUAAUAAUCCCACU